AUGGACCCCAACAAAUCCUCCUCUGCUUCACCAUCCGCUGUACCCUCUCCCUCCACCAAUCCCCCACCGUCUGAUGCUUCUCCUCUCACAUUCAUCGACCAAGAAUUAGAUGGUAACCUCGAAUCUCUUCCUGGUGGAGGCCCCUCUGAAUCAUGGAAACUCAUGGAGGCCAUCUUGCUCUUCGAACUGGCCGGAAACGACGCCGGUUCGUACGACACUGUGGUCCAAGAAGGCGAGCGCGCGUUGCUAAUCGAGAACCGGACGGACCCAGGGGACGAAGACUCGGUCCCGGCCUGGCGGAUCGAGGGGUUGAGGAAGGAAGUCCUGGAGAUGAUAGAGAAAUCCAAGAGGCAGAUCAUCGUUCUUGGAGGUGGGAACAGGAGGGACAAGUGGAAACGGCUCUUAGAGGAUAAUUCCCUGGCGGAGGUAAAGGCCGAGUUCGAGGCUACGCUACAGAGAAAGAAGAGGAUCCCAGGGCGGAAGCCGCUGGAUUUCAAAUCGCCCUCGCCGGACGAUCGGUUCAAGAUCAAGAAGCACAAGAAAGUCGAGUCGAACGAUGUCGCUACGAUCAGUCGAGUCAGGGCCUUCUGGAACGACGGCAUGAGUGUGGAAAGCAAGAGGGAGUUGUUGAGAAUCGGAAUCGAAGACCUCAAAGCGUAUUUGGAUAAGAAUAAGUUGCGAAUGGCGAUGGAGGUUUUGACGCAAGCAAUAGAUUACGCUAAGGCGAAGAAGACGUGGAAGUUUUGGGUAUGCUGUCGCUGCGGAGAGAGGGUUUCUGAAUCAGAUUCCGACGACCAUCUUUGGGAUCAUUUAGCUACUCUAUCGUCGGGUUUUCUGUCACAUUCGCCGGAUGAACCUCCCGAAUGGGCCGUUAACAUGAUCGAAAACGGCGUUUGGAAGCCCGUGGAAUCGAUUUGCGCGGCCGAGAUCAUGGAGCGCCGGUCCGCUGCUGCAGAUUGGCCUUAUGUUGACGACAUUGAGAGGGCAGAAAUCAUUGAGAGAAUUCGUAAGAAACUGCAAUUGUUUACGAGUAACAAAUGUCUUGCUUGGAGCCAUCUCAAUUGGCUGCAGUACUUGAUAAUCGAAUUGCUGCAAAAUCAUAUUCCUAAACCGGUGAUUACGGAUCUUUGGCUUCACCACACGCUCCAUUUGAUACGCUUUUUGGAAGUUCCGGGGCUCAAUCAUGUUCUUGAGUUCUUGGAAGAUCUGGCCAGUGUUUGCGCAUUGGGUUGUCUCGGUGUGCUCUUGUCGGAGGAUGACGUUAGAGGCAAUCAGUGGUUUUGGGACAACGCUCGAGAAAGGGUUGUUUUCAGCAGCGACUUCUCAGCUCUCCUUUUCGAUGACCGGUUGUUGCGAGGAGAGACUGUUGAGCCGGACAUUGGAGUUGCGGUGGUAACUUCAAGUACUACUGAUGAAGAUUGCGAUGCUGAUAGUGAUGCUUUGGUUUAUUGGCUAUGGACAGAAGGUCCUACAAUUGUGGAGCAAAUAAAAGCAUGGACAAGUCUGACAGAAGCUUGCAAAUGUCAAGGAAUGGAAUUCUACAACAUCAUUGAAGCUGAAUCUCUCCGUUUGCAAAGAAUAGGUGAAAGAAAAUGCGAGUAUUUAAGAUAUCAGAAACCAUUGGCGAAUGUUGAUAGCAUAUGUGUUGAAGAAAAUUGGAAAAGGGAACAAAUUUCAGGGUACCAUCCACAAGGUUAUGUGUCCCUCUUCUUCAAACGGUGGAAAGAGCUCGAGGCUGAGGGUGAUGCUGAGACGGGUAGUAGUAGUAGCUGUGAGUUGGAUAUCAUAUGGAGUAUUAUGAAGGAAUCACAAUCACAGAGUGAAAUUCAAAUGGUAAUUCUGAAGCAGAAAGAUCGCCUGGCUCGAGAGCUUUGCCAACUUGAUGCUAUAAUCAUGUCGACUCUUGCUGCCAUGCGGCAGACAGGGCUGCAAGCCGGGAUGGUAUCUACGUUAGACUACCGGUUCGCUCUGGUGCCCCAGUUGAAAUCAUUCAUGAAGGUUUGUAUUGGCUUUCACUGGGCUGGGUUCUUGAAUGUUCUUACCUUUUUGUUGGCUACUGCUUUGAUGUUUAUGGGAUAAGUCUUUCGUUUCUAGGCACACCUGGAGGACCUGGUCAACGAAGAUGCUGCAGAGAAGUCUAAUGCUGUAGCAGAAGCUUUGUUAGCAGAGCUUGCUCUUGAUGCCAAGAAGAACGCUAACCAAGGAGGAAGACAGGGACUGGGCAAAUCAAAGGAUAAAAAGAAGAAAAAGGAUCACAGGAAGGCCAAGGAUUCUGAGUCAGCUGGUGGUAGUGAGGAGCAGCAUCCCACCAGUGUGCCUGUUGUCUCCUCUGAACCUAAUGAAGAUGUUGGUUCAUCUGAGCUGCAACAUCUGAGUCAAUCCGGGCCAGCCCCCUUGCCUCUCAGUGGCAUACAAUUUGGUCAUUUUAACUGGACAAAUUUUUGUCAAGCUCAGAGUUUCAAAAGGUGAACUUGAAUAACAAGACUCUGAAGCACCUGAAGCUGACUACCAUACAUGUAUAAGAUUUUACUUCUUAUUUGCAAACAUACAUAGUUUGACUAGGAAAACAGCAUACAUACUUCUCAAAUUGAUCUGGACCCAAGGGGUCAAUACUGUAUAGUUUCUGAAGAAUCUGAUAGUGUCACUUUCCUUUAUUACUACUGCACAUCCAAUGAAAGAAUUAAUGUCCAUUUUACUGCCCCA